CUGACACAGCUGGAGUGGGGGGAGGCCUGGCUCAAGUGAAAGCGAGCUACUGGGGGAAAUGGGCGACGUUUGAUUGGGAAAGAGUUUCUCAGCCGCAGCCUGCCUAGCCUAUAUGCCUGUGCUGGAAAUCAAAAAGGCAGCCUACAAACUGGAAAGACCUAUCCAAGAGAUGGACGACGGCAGUGCCUACAUAGAGUUUGACGUGCCAGAGUUCAGCAACACCGUUCUCAACCAACUCAAUGAGUUGCGACUGCAGGGGAAACUAUGUGACAUCAUCGUUCACAUCCAGGGCCAGCCUUUCCGUGCCCACAAGGCCGUGCUGGCGGCCAGCUCACCGUACUUCCGCGACCACUCGGCCCUGGGCACCAUGAGCGGCCUGUCCAUCUCCGUCAUCAAGAACCCUGAGGUGUUUGAGCAGCUGCUGGCCUUCUGCUACACUGGCCACAUGUCCCUGCAGCUCAAGGAUGUCGUCAGCUUCCUCACAGCAGCCAGCUUCCUGCAGAUGCAGGCCGUCAUCGACAAGUGUACCCAGAUCCUGGAGGGCAUCCACUCCAAGAUAAGUAUCCCCUCCAGCGCCACAAGCCCAGACAAGGAGGGCUCCCAGGCCAGCCGCAAUGGUGUCAAAGACAGCAGCCUCUUCAUCAACCCCACACAGAUCUCCCCCCCAUACUACUCCAGGCACAGCAUAGAGGCUCGCUCUGAGCUGGCUGCAGGGAAAGGCCAUGGCAGGGCGCGGUACCAGGAGGAGGGCCAGUCAGAUCGUGGCAGCAGUGACAGUGUGUCAGAGCAGGAGGCAGCCAUGGAGGGAGAGACAGAGCAGGUGGAGCUGAUUGGGAAGGACGGCCAGGUGACAGACGUGCACGUGAAGCUGGAGAAGGCAGAUAGGCCCAGCUACUCGGACAGCUCCUCGGCAGGCGACGAUGGCUACCACACAGAGCUGGUGGAUGGAGAGCAGGUGCUGGCUGUCAGUGUUGGCUCCUAUGGUCCCGUCAUCCAGCCAGCUGGCUACACUUACUCAGGCCUGUCGUCCCCCUGCUUUGUGAGCCUCAGCAGCUCCAGCCCCUCCCGCUCCAUGCUCAGUGGCUUCAGGGGCGGCAGAGCCAGAGCCAAGCGCCCCCCAGUGACCGUCCCAGCAGAGGUCCUGGGUCAUAUCAAACCGGGAAACACUGAGGACAGCAGCGAGGCGGUGUUGGGCCAAGUAGGUUUUGAGAACGAUGUGCGAGAGCGGAGCCUGCGCAGCCAGUGGUACCCCUACAACGAGAGGCUCAUCUGCAUCUACUGCGGCAAGUCCUUCAAUCAGAAGGGCAGCCUGGACCGCCACAUGCGCCUGCACAUGGGAAUCACACCCUUCGUCUGCAAGUUCUGCGGCAAGAAGUACACUCGCAAGGACCAGCUGGAGUACCACAUCCGCGGCCACACGGACAACAAGCCCUUCCACUGCCAGAUUUGUGGCAAGUGCUUCCCCUUCCAGGGGACCCUCAACCAACACCUGAGAAAGAAGCACUUGGGGGCCUCAGAGGGCCCCAACCACAUGGACUCUCCAGAGAGGACGGAGGGCAUCUCUGGUCAGAAAGACCCAGAGGAUGCCUCAGAGGGGAUGGCCUUUGAGACGCAGUAUGCUGAGGAGGCUCCGGCCAACGACAUGGAGGAGAGCUCAAAGUGCAGCCCUGAGGAAGCUGAGGCAUCCAGAUGUGAUUUUUAGGCCCUGGCUCUGGUUGAGGAAGCUUUAAGAUGUUCUUUCAACGUUUAGGAUUUGUUUUGGAACCGGCUCCUUUCAAUGUUGAACCUACUUUGUGCAUCUGUUUUCUGCCUGUCCAUCCAUUUUUGUGAAAGUCAACUGUUGCUUAAUGUAGAAGAGGAGGAGAAAGGGGUACUUUUUAAAAAUAGAUUUCAAAGGGAAGCGGUAUCAACUUGCUAUUGAUAAGGUGCCCUCAAUAAUCAAGGCCUUUUUGUUUUCGCUUUAAAAAAUAUAUGUUUUUAAAACAUAUUUACAGAGUAAUAUAGGCAUGUUGCAAUAAUUGAUAAUGUGAAAGCUCUGAUAAGAUGCUUAUCAUAUCAUGUUUUUACCUGACCUGUUUUUGCACAUGUGGCCAAAGGAGGUCACUUUACUCACAAGGAAUUAUUUUUCUGCCAAGUGCAAAGCUUUGUGUGAAAUAUCCGUUUAAUACCUCAUGAUACAACUACAUACUCAUAACAGACAGUAUUUUAGCUUUUAUGAAACUCCACCGGGUUCUACCUCAUAUCCAAGAACCUACCAAGAACAGAAGUGUUCACCGUUUUAAAAACACACCGUUUUGCUUUAGGGUCUCUGUUUCAUUUGCCAAACUCUAGGCAGAACAUCCUCAGUCCCAACGCUAAGCCUUGAUACUUUAGACUAAUAUUCCUUGCUGAUUGUAUGAACGCUGGACCGUGUCCUUGUCCGUUGUUUCAUGGUCAGACAGGAUGUAAUGUGGGCAAAGAACGAAGGUGCUAUAUUGAUGUGUUUUAAGAAAUAUUAAGUGUGUUUGCAAUGAGCAUGCGCAAGGAGGACAGUGGAUAGAAUACAAUAAUAGAGGAUAAUACAUGACGUAUGUAUAUGCCAAGAUCUAUUUAAGCAAUAAGGCCUGAGGUGGUGUGGUAUAUGGUCAAUAUACCAUGGCUAAGGGCUGUUCUUACGCAUGAUGCUCCGUGGAGUGCCUGGACACAGCCAUUAGCCAUGGUAUGUUGACCAUAUAUCACAAACCCCGAGGAGCCUUAUUGCUAUUAUAAACUCGUUACCAACGUAAAUGGAGCAGUAAAAAUAUUUUUUUCAUACCCGUGGUAUACGGUCUGUAAUACCAUGGCUUUCAGCCAAUGAGAAUUCAGGGCUUGAACCACCCAGUUUAAUUGUUUUUAGAACACACAGGACAAAUUCCUCUUGUCUGUCUCUUUUCACCACUGAAGGUCAGUGCAUUUUUUUUAUAUUCUCUUCUUAAGCAAUAAGGCCCACGGGUGGUGUGGUUUAUAGCCAAUAUUCCAACGCAGAUGGCAUGUUCUUAUGCACGACGCAAAACAGAGUGCCUGCAUACUGCCCUUAGCCAUGGUAUGUUGACCAUAAAUCACAAACCCCCGAAGUGCCUUAUUGCUAUUAUAAACUGGUUAUCAAUGUACUUUGAUCAGUAAAAAUACAUAUUUUGUCACACCUGUGGUAUACGGUCUGAUAUACCACGGCUAUCAGCCAAUCAGCAUUCAGGGCUUGAACCACCCAGUUUAUAAUAUAUUUUAAUCCACAUGGGAUCAAAGAUUUGAUCCUCAUACACAGUGAAGUCAUUUGGAGUGUCUUCCAUUCUCUUGAUGUUUUAGUUUGUUAAUUCUCAACCUGUUUAUGUGAAACUCUUAGUUUAUUUGUGUGAAGAUUAUGCUCAGUGCAGAGUCCCACUCAUUAGCUUGGUACAGCAAGGGCUGUCCUGCCCUGAAUCUGCAUAGAAUCAAUAUGCAAAUAACAACAAAGGAAUAUCAGCCAUCUUGUCACGGCAUUUCUUUAUUCACUCUCCAUUUCAUUAGGACUCAUGUUCUGCUCUCGUCCUCUCAUUCACUGUUUCUGCCCUUCCCUGAUCCGACAUCACUGUUGAGUUGAGGGAAUCAAAUGGGAAACUCAUUGAUGCCUCAUUAGAAAAUAAGCUCUUGAUGGUAUUUUGAGAGAAGCUUGUGAUCCAAAGUAAUGGUGCACUUUUUGUGUUUCAAAUAGAAUCGUCUGAAUGGAGACUUGGUGAUAGUUUUGUUCAUUUUUUUUUAUGUCUUGAAGAUCAAUGGUGACCAUAAAUGUAUUCGGCACUAUGCUACUGCUUUUUAAUAGUCAGGAAUCAAAUUGGAAUUGCUUCGGUCAGUGUAAGCCCUUUUGACAACUGAUGUUGAUAGCUAGCUAUUUCAGUGUUAAUAGGUAAAUAAUCAUUGAAGGCACUGUUGGUCUUGUGAUCUGCUUGUUUCGAGAUUAGCUGGGCGGUCAGGGCCUAGCAGUUGGACAAAUGUCAAUGACCAUAUUUCAAAACGUUAAUUUCGUUAUUCAUAUCGUCAUAACUCACAAAUGCACAUAUGGUGGUGAUGUUUGUCAGUCUUGUAUUGCAUUUCAUGACUAAGCAUUGCAAUGCAGAAUGCAAUGGCAUAGUACAGGCCCAGGGAUUAGCUGAACUGGCUUUCGACUUAUUGUAUGUCGAAAUGCUUCUAACUAUGGUAGUUUUGAGAAAUACAGGAAUAAAUUAUUGCGCCAACAUGCUAGUCCAGAGUAAGCUCUUUUAAAGGCCCAGUGCAGUCAGUGAUUUUCCAUACCUCUUUGCCAAUAACAUAGUUUUCCCUUCCCAUUCAGACCACUCCCAGACAUUCCUAGCAAAAUACUUGCUUGAAAGUUUGUUUGCUAAAAAGCCAUUUGUCCAUUUUUAUACAAAUCUAUUACUUAAUUGUUACCCAUAAAUGAUUUGAUAUUGAUAUAAAAACAGCUGCAUUGGGCCUUUUAAGAUCAGGUGGAAAGCUGAUCCUUAAAGAGCACCUUUUGACAAGUCAUUUUGCCCCCUUAUCCCUCUUCUUGCUGAUUUGCUAUUUCAGCAGUGUGACACUUUCCUUGUAUCCUAUGUACCUUUUUUAGUUUUUACACAUGAUCACAUAACUACAGUAAGCCUUCCAAGGUGGUAGAAGGCUCAAAUAAAAUGUUAAUUGUCA